UUUCGUCGGCAUAAAAACAGUUAAAAGAAAAUCAAAAAAUUUUUAUUUUACACAUUGUAAUAUUUCUCCCCUUCUUACUAUUUUCCUCCCUUUUCUCUCCCUUUCACUCCUUUCCUCGUUGUCUCCUCUACUCAUCCCUUUCCCUCUUCUUUUUUCACCAGCUGCCACUAAGUUUAUUACACUGAUUAGUAUAUCCUCGCGCGGCAUUUCAUUGGAAGAGGACAGAUAAAAGAAAAUACAGAAAAAUUUCUAUUUUACAUGUUGUAAUAUUUUUCUCCUUUUCUUCCAUUUUUCAGACUUUUCUCCGCCCUUUCUCUCUUCUCCCUUUCCCUCUUUUUUUUCACAGGCUGGCACUAAGUUUAUUACACUGAUUAGUAUUCUUUGCGCGGCAUUUCUUUGGAGGAGGCGUGAUUUAGUUGGUAAUAGUUUUUCUGUAAAUUGAAUCUAGUCAAUCUAUUGGCAUAUAUUAACAAUUUUUUAUUUAAGCUUUGUUUUUUGUUUUUUUAACUUUUCAAUAUUUUUUUGUAUUUUAGUUUCAAUCUAUUUAAAAUUUUUUAAAUUUAAAUUAUUUUUCAACAUGGAAGAUAUUAUAAUAGAUGAGGUAGAAAUGAACGAAAUUAACAACAGAAAUCAAAGAAGUUCCCGUGCACGUUCUUGCUCCUCAGGUCGAGAACGUGCACGGGGACUUAGUCCUGAAGCUCAUGUGGCUCAUUUGCGUUUUCUUGAACUACGCAGAGCUGAAUUGAUUCAAACUUACAGCAGCAACAACAAUAUUCUCAAUUUUACUGAUACGCCUGGAACAUCAACAACCACCAUGGAUGAAUUAACUCCGAUGUGGGCAUCAAUUGCUGAAUUAACUGAGAGUUAUAAUAAUGAUGGGUAUAUCCCUAAUUUUAUGCAAAUGGAGCACACUAUUGCAACUCCUACUCAUUAUCCGAGUAGCAUGGUAGAGGAAAUUGUGCCUUGGCAGCUACCGGUGGCUCCUUUGGAGCCUUUACCACCGGUAGCUGAGGAGCUCCCAGAAAAUUUCCACGACUAUGAUUAUUUGGAGGCACCACCUACACCACCAACUCUUUUAGAACUCAAUGUACUGCAGCAGCAGCAGCAGCAACAACAACAACAACAAAUUAUUAUUGACGACAACGUCUCGACAUGGAAAUUAUUCAGGAAUAUUUUCCUGAUUUUAAUGCUGCACCCCCAAAAAAGAAGAAAAUGA